AUGGGUAAUUUAUGUUCGUGGUGUUUGAAAAGUCAAGAUUCAUCUCAUACAAAUGGUACUCUUGGUGAUUACACAAACUCAGAACGUUUGUCUGAAAAUACCGAUCGAACACCACUUCUCGGUCAUUCGAACAGUCGUAAAAAUCUCUCCAUGACAUCUGCACUCCCUAAUUCACCAUCCAAUGGUGAAUCGACUUCAUAUCCACCGCUUCUUUCACCCUUAGUGACAAUUCAUGAACCAAGAACAGAUUCUUCGACAAACAAUGUUCUAGCCAAUGAAACAGCGGAAACAAAAAUGGCAUUUAUUGUUGAAGGUAUGCUAUCAAAAUUAAUCGAUGUCGGCAAUGGCGGAUCGAGUGGUAUUCAUCGAAGCAAUUCGAAUGGAAAUGGCUUCAAUUCUCAGAAUGAUCACCUAAGACAAAUUUUAACUAAAUCUUUAACUAUGCCCAAAACACUUGUCUUACCAGAUGCUGGUCUCAACAAUCUUCCUUCGUUGCUAUCGGGACGACCCAUUUCAUCAGAUAUAUGUCAUUUUGUAACGCACACAGCAGCUGAUUUAUCACAUUUAUUGAUCGAAGAAAUCAAGAUUGUUCAUAAAGAAGAUCUGGUCGUUGUCUUUGAGUAA